AUGACGAGACCUCACAUUAUUCGCGCUGACACCAUCGAUCUGCAAAACCCGGAAGCACCCUCAGCGAAAGACCACAGCAGGGCGCCCAACGGCUCGUUCGGUCCGCACCAGGCCGAGACUCUUCGAGAGGUCGCCCAGGAAUCCGCCGAAGAUCAAGCGCGCAGCCCGAGGCUAUCUUGGACCAACGCCGACGACGACGACAUCUCCGACGAAGACGAUCUCGCGGGAGAGGUCUCGAGGAAGCUGACUGGGAGCACAAUGGACGACGCGAGCAAAAAACAACAGCAAGAUGCGCUGGCUGUCGCACAAAAUGGAGGUGUCUCGGACGACGGGAACAUGGACGACACCGACGAGAGCAUGGACGACGACGACAUGAUGGACAAGAUUUCGAGUUCGCCCUCGAUUGAAGAUGGUGGGUACACUUCGAUUAUGCCUCCGCAAUCAUGGCCGCGUAGAGUCGACUCUCUACCCGCCAUGCGAGAUCACGCCUCCCCCGUUUCCCCUUCCUUCAGCGAGGCAAGGUCCUCUUCUCCUUAUACCGAAUCCCUUGAAUACCUCCCAGCGCACCUCUCUUGGCAGCAUAGCAAGGCAUCUGAUCGCAAUACGACCGACGACGACGACGACCGAUUCGACGGGGAACAGUAUACCGACGAAUAUUAUGACGACGAACAAAACGGCGAUGAAUGCAACGACGGGCUUGACUGGCAGGAGGAAAACAGCAGCAAUUAUGCAGCCAAGUUUGACUUGCAGAGUGUUGCACAGCAUGGACCCAUUGUGGUUCGUCCGCUUCGCGUGCGGAAAACUGGAGAACCGGUGUACGACGACUUUGCGCAGCGGCGUGCCGAGAUGGAGAGGGCAGAAAGAGACGAGGCAGUUGGUGGACUUGACGAUGACGGCAUCCCGCUUACGAUCCCAUACGAACCCUCUAUUGAUGAUGAAGAUGAUGAUGACGGCGAUGUUUCUCUUGUUGAUGAUUCUAGGUUUAUUGCCUGUGGCUGGGGCAACGAGUGCUUACACGAACCAGAGGACAUCGAUUUCGAAUUCGUCUACGCGUUGCACACCUUUGUCGCAACCGUCGAGGGCCAAGCAAAUGCCACCAAGGGCGACACCAUGGUGUUGCUGGAUGACAGCAACAGCUACUGGUGGCUGGUCCGUGUGGUGAAGGACAGCAGCAUUGGCUAUCUGCCGGCAGAGCACAUUGAAACGCCGACCGAGAGAUUGGCGCGCUUGAACAAGCACAGGAAUAUAGACGUAGUCGCUCCCUCCAUGGAAGAGAUGAACCUUUCUGACUUAGAUCAGCUUUCCGCUACAAUGCUCGGAGAUCAGUCUGGGGAAAAGUCCAAGAGCACCUUCAAGACUGCUCUGAGGAAGAAGAAGAAGACGGUCGCGUUCGCUGCCCCGACUUUCGUCGAUUACUCUGACUAUGAUUACUCCUCGGACGAGGACGAGGUCGACGAGCUGUUCUCUCAACAACAGGGUGCUCAACAGCAGCAGCAACAGCAGCAGCAGCAGCAACAACAACAAACGUCGCAACAGGCAACAGAGGAAACGAUGGAUGACGAUACGGCCAAGGUGGAGCCCCUCAAGCCAAGGGCGACAACGAAGGAGGUCAACGUUGCGGAACCGACGAAGAAGGAGGAGGCACCCGAGGAUGACUCGAAACGUGACAGCGGCGAAAUCUUCGAAAAACCAGAAGGUCCCAGUAGGUCGAGGAACGGCACCGUCAGGAACACCGACUCUUUCUUUAAGGACGAAACGGUCGAGACCAAGAAGAUCACGCUUACGCCUAACUUGCUUCGUGACGACAGCGGGUCGCGACCCUCGACAACGGAAAGCGUCCAGGUCAAGCAACGGCCAAGUUUGGACAAGAUGGACAAGGAGCUGCAGCCGGAUAAGAAGGAGGACAAGAAGAAGAAGGACAAGAAGGAGAAGGAGAAGAAGACGAGCACCAUUCGGAGUUUUUUCUCGCGUAAGGACAAGAAGAAGACCACGGACGACGACGAUGAGUCUUUUGGCAAGAGAUCGAUGGAUAUCGUUACAGAAUCUCAGGACCGAGAGAGUCGCGAAAGCCGUGAGAGUCGGGAAGAGGAGCCGAAGGAACCGUUGUCCCCGAGAGGCGAUGGCCCCCAACGGAGCACAAGCAAGCUCCAGAAGCAACAGCCGAGAGUCGAGCCGUCUCCUGCGAGACUCAAUGGGGCGGCAACGCCGCAAAAGUCUGCUACCAGGGAGCUUUCCGAAUUCAUUUCCUCCGAGGGCCGCCCUAACAACGUCUCGAACGUACCUCCCGCUUCUAUGCGCAUUGUGGAGGAUGAUUCUUCGGAUCCAGAACUCUCUGUUCAACAGCAGCGGAUCAAGUCUCCAGAGACGACUCGAUCACCGCCCCAAGAAAAGUCGACCCUAUCCAAGAUCAUCCCGUCGAGGAGUGGCAAUAGUGAACCGAAGCCGCAAAAGGUCACCAAGGCGAAGUCUCGAGUUGAACUUGAUGACUUUGACUCUUCCGGGGAGGAGGUUGAGUCUGCCGAGCCACCUGUGCAGCAGCAGGCACAUCAGAUUGUCAAGGAAGAGAAAUUGGAACGGCCUUUGCCUGGCGCCUUCCCUGACAGCUACAUGAGCAAUUUGAGUGCUGCCAGCGCUCAGACGGAUAAGACAAUUACUCCUACGCAAUCUCAACAGCCUCAGCCUCAGCCUCAGCCUACCGCUGUUGAACGCGAAAAGGAUAGACUUUCCGAAUCUCCCGUGCAAGUGUCGCCGGUCACUUCGCAUAACCCUCCUGCGCUCAUGGUGGAUACUUCCAGUCAAGAAGGCCACUCGACGUCACCAUCGCCAGAGCUCAUUGACGCUGAGGAGGCAGGCAGACAUCGCGCUCAAGAUUCGAUGACUGCCAGCUCAACAUCCACGGGUGGCAGCACUACCGGUAGCAGCUGGAAUGAUGCGAAGCUUCGGGCAUUUUUCGAUUCGAGCUCGGAUAUCCGAGAUAUGCUGGUCGUUGUUUACGACAAGAGCGAGGUGGCGCCUGCUGGACCGGAACACCCCGUCGCAGGCUCUUUGUUCCGCGAACAGAAUGCCAAGUUGGCGGAAAUUACAACACAACUUGACAACAUGCUUGGCGACUGGCUGGCACGCAAGCAAAGACUUCGAGGCACUGUAUAA